CUGCCUCUCAAGCCUUCUUCUGCUCUUCUCUUUUCACCUCAAACGAGCCUCACUUUCUUCUCUCUCCCAUUUCACGUCAUUUUGUCUUUUUUUUUCCCCCAGAGUCCAGAGUCAUUCGCUUCUCUGCUCUCGCUUUCCUUUUCAAACUCGCUGCGAUCUUAUAUCCAGCAGACGAUCACUACACUUAUAACAAACACGACUUAACCAGUCCGAUUAUACUGCCAACAUGAAGUCCCAUUCUCUUGCUACUCUCGUAGCAUUGGCUGCUACCCUCCACGGUGGUGUUGGCGCUGGCAUCGGUGCUGACGCUGGCAUCCACGGUGGUGUUGGCGCUGGCAUCGGUGGUGGUGUUGGCGCUGGCAUAGGUGCUGGCGCUGGCGUCCGCGGUGGCGCUGGCAUCGGUGCGGGCGUCCGCGGUGGCGUUGGCGCUGGCAUCGGUGCUGGCGUCCGCGGUGGCGUUGGCGCUGGCAUCGGUGCUGGAGUCCGCGGUGGCGUUGGCGCUGGCAUCGGUGCUGGCGUCCGCGGUGGCGUUGGCGCUGGCAUCGGUGCUGGCGUCCGCGGUGGCGUUGGCGCUGGCAUCCACGUUGCUCGCACUAGCAUCGGUGCUGACGCUGGCAUCGGUGCUGGUGUUGGCGCUGGCAUCGGUGCUAGCCUUGACGCUGGCAUUGGUGCUGGCGCUGGCAUCGGCGCUGACGCUGGCAUCAAGGGUGGUAUUGGCGCUGGCAUCGGUGCUGACGCUGGCAUCAAGGGUGGCGCAGGCAUCGGUGCUGGUGCUGGCGCUGGCAUUGGUGCUGACGCUGGCAUCAAGGGUGGCGCAAGCAUCGGUGCUGGUGCUGGCAUUGGUGCUGGCGCUGGCAUCGGUGCUGAUGCUGGCAUCAAGGGUGGUGUUGGCGCUGGCAUCGGUGCUGACGCUGGCAUCAAGGGUGGUGUUGGCGCUGGCAUUGGUGCUGACGCUGGCAUCAAGGGUGGUGUUGGCGCUGGCAUCGGUGCUGACGCCGGCAUCAAGGGUGGCGCAGGCAUCGGUGCUGGUGCUGGCAUUGGUGCUGGCGCUGGCAUCGGUGCUGGCGCUGGCAUCGGUGCUGGCGCUGGCAUCGGUGCUGAUGCUGGCAUCAAGGGUGGUGUUGGCGCUGGCAUCGGUGCUGACGCUGGCAUCAAGGGUGGCGCAGGCAUCGGUGCUGGCCUUGACGCUGGCAUCAAGGGUGGUGUUGGCGCUGGCAUUGGUGCUGACGCUGGCAUCAAGGGUGGCGCAGGCAUCGGUGCUGGCCUUGACGCUGGCAUUGGUGCUGGCAUUGGUGCUGGCGCUGGCAUUGGUGCUGGCAUCGGUGCUGGCGCUGGCAUUGGUGCUGGCAUCGGUGCUGGCCUUGACGCUGGCAUUGGUGCUGGCGCUGGCAUCAAGGGUGGCGCAGGCAUCGGUGCUGACGCUGGCAUCAAGGGUGGCGCAGGCAUCGGUGCUGGCCUUGACGCUGGCAUUGGUGCUGGCGCUGGCAUCAAGGGUGUCGCUGGCAUCGGUGCUGACGUUGGCAUCAAGGGUGGCGCAGGCAUCGGUGCUGGCAUCGGAGCUGGUGUUGGUGCUGGCAUCGGAGCUGGUGUUGGCGCAGGCAUCGGAGCUGGUGUUGGCAUCCAGGGUGUUGUCACCGGAUGGAACAACGCUCCUAUAUUCUCUUGCCCCGGCAAGACCCCCAUCGACAAGUGUACCACGCCCCAGUGGUCUGGCUUCACCUGGGCUGACCUGAACCUCGGAUUAUUCGAUCACUACGGAGGCUUCGAAUUCUCCGGCGGAUGGAACUGCAAGUCCUCCUUCGGUGGCCGCAAGCGUGAUGCUCUCCUCCCAAGGACCUUCGGAUCCAAGUGUAUCACCGGCAACGCCCUAAGCGACAUAAGCACCGGCCUCAAGAUCAAGGCCAGCGAGGUCGACAAGUUCUCCAUCACCCACUUCCAGGUGUCCGUCGAGUUCGACUGCGACCUCGAGUUCCACUACACCCUCCCCGACAACUCUAUCUGCAAGCAGAAGUCGCACUGCAAGACAACCGGUACCACCGUCAAGAACACCCAGUGUGGUGGCGCCAAGGACGUGACCGUCGUCUUCGUCAAGGCAGCCAUCGGAGUAAAGUCCUCCUGCAACAUCGGCAUCCACAGCAUCGGAUUCGACUGCCCUAACCCCACUGCUACUGCCAGCACCGUAAAGUCCACCACCAUUGCUGCGCCAACUGUCCAGUCCACCAUUGCUGCGCCAACUAUCCAGUCCACUGCUGCGCCAACUGUUAAGUCCACUACUGCUGCGCCAACUGUCCAGACCACCCCCCCAGCGACCAUCCAUGCCUCCACUGAGACCGAGGUUACUCUGACCACCAUCGUCACCGAUGUCACCGUCACAUCGUGCCCAGUCACUCUCACCCACGUCACCUCCGGCCUCACCUCCAUCGAGACCACGCUGACCACCUCUACUGUCGUCCUCACCUCCAUCAAGACCUUCUGCCCCAAGUGCACCCGCACCAAUCCAUCGGGCCCAGAGCAGACCGGCAUCCCAUCGAACACCCAUACCGUCCCUAAGCAAACUACCACCAAGGGUGCCGAGCCAACCAACACCACCAUCGCUCCUCCCCAGACCAACUCCACCACCCCAGGCGGCGGCCUCCCCUGCCCACCCGUCCUCCCUCAGUGCAUCAAGACCUGGCUCCCAGUCGACUGCAAGUCCAACUCAGACAUCGGCUGCUUCUGCCCCAAGGCCGACUUCACCAAGAAUCUGUUCGGGUGUCUGAGCGCCUUCGGUGCCACCGACGCUGAGAUCAACAAGGCCGCUGAGUACUUCCAGGGUAUCUGCGCACCAUACGUCCCUACCAACCCGGGCAUCAUCACCGACUGCCCCGACAAGGGAGCUGUUGAGAUCCAGAAGCCCCUCACUGGUCCCGUCACCACCAUCGUCGUCGACACCACCGUCACCGUCCCGUGCGAGCCAACCGGAACCGCUACUGAGACUACCUUCACCGUCACCGCCAUCUCCACCAAGGUCACUGUCCCACAGGUCGUCCUUGCCACCACCAACAGCCAGGUCAUCGUCGUUACCGGCCCAGCCACUGUUCAUGCCACCCCCACUGCCCCGGCCCGCGUCUUCACCGCCCCCGCUGGUGCCGUCCCAGGCUUCACCACCAGCCGCGCGGGUGCUGCCGCCGGAACCGGAACCGGUGGUCUCCCGAAGCCAACCCAGCCGCCGUUCGUGCCUGGUAGCGCCUCCAAGAGCGCUGUCAGCGCUGGUGUGCUCGGUGCCGUUAUGGCGCUUUUUGCGCUCGUUGUCUAAGCUUUAGCUUGAGAUAAAGUAGUGUCGAGAAGAGGGGAAAAUGAUGAAGGGAUACCCGCCCAAGGGUGGAGAAUAAUUUACACGUUGCCAUUCGGUGUAGGAAUUACGGAGAGAAAGAAUACUUUGUAUAUGCGAUAUUUAGCGCCGCUUUUUAUUGAGGAUUGAUCGCGGAGUGCGUGCGGUCUGAUCGGCCAACUCUUUUGGAAUUGAUAGUAGAUUUUGGGGAUUAUGAUGGGGAAGGUAGAUUAGAAGUAAUUGGAGGGGGAGAUAAUAAAGUGUUCGAAUCGAUUGAUGCUAUGAUA